AUGAACGAUACAGUGACUGAUUCGAGAAGAGAGAUCUCGGAUGACGAGCGGGCAAACCUUUCAACAGAGUUCCCAGUCACGGCGGAGCACACCGACAACUCCACCUUUCCAUUCCUGAAACUACCAGGAGAGAUUCGAAACAUGGUCUACGAGCUCCUUCUGGUGGACCAGAACUUUUCACUCCGUUUCGAAGCACGCGGUCAAACCGGUCAGAGCGGUGUCCGGCGCUUGUACCUCAAGUACCCUGGUCCUCCAGAUCGCGAUGAUCUUCCUGGCCGGCAACAAGGCAGUUUGAGGAAGCACUGCACAUCGUUCGAAACUUAUCGCUAUGAAUGGAGGUCUAAACAUUUCGAGUUCAUCGUCAAGACAUUCUCUAUUUGCCAUCAGAUCAACAAUGAAGCCGGAUCCGUCUUCUAUGGCAAGAAUCUCUUUGUGUUUGGGGAGACGUUCCAUUUAUACAUGUUUCUACUCCAUUUCUCUCAACGACUACGACUGAUACAGCAUAUCGGAAUUGUGCGUUGGAAUCCACAUGUGCGCUCCCUGAACUUGCAGCCUUCCGCAUAUGUCAAUGUGGAAUAUGUUACCUUCUCUCUCCUCGCGAAUGCUACCAACUUGAAGUCGUUCUAUACCUCUCCUGCGAUUUUCAAGUCUCUAUCAACAAAGCCCGAACCAGCUGCUCGUUACCUCUUCCAAUUUGUCCAGAACUGGCUUGUUCCACUCGCUCUAAGAAAGAAAAACAAGCUCGCCGCCGUGUCGGUCCUCAAGAUGCCAGCCUUAUCAACAAAAAACCUGAAACGACCUAAGUGGCCAGUCACCAAGCAAGGUCAAGAUGAAUUUCUAGCCGAACUGAUUAAAUGCUUGCCCUGA